GAAAACUCUUCGCUUUUAACCUGGUUUUCUUUGAAGAAACAGUUCAGGCAGUUUCAUGUCCUCACAAGGAUUUAUAAGAUAAAUUAAAGAUGGAUUUUCAAAAUGUUUUGCCCGGCACACCACAUCCUCCACAACAAGAUGAGCAAGAUGAGAAGGUAGAACCUAAAUCCCCUCCAGAAACAAAGCCUCCGGAAUUCACAGUACCACCUGGUUUGGAACAUUUGAGCAAGGUACAACAUGUCAUAAUUCAUCAGCAAGUGGAGCUCUUAGGAGUUUUUCUUGGAACUGAGAAGAGCAACAAGUAUGAAAUAAAGGACAGAUUUGGGCAAAGACUUUAUUUCGCCAAAGAGGAAAAUAUCUACCUUAAUAAAAACUUCUGUGGGCCAGUGAGGCCUUUUACCAUCCGGAUUUGUAAUAACAGAGGACAGAACGUAAUCACUGUUAUUAGACCCUUAAGGUGCAUUAGUUGCUGUUUUCCCUGCUAUUUGCAAGAGUUAGAAAUACAGGCUCCACCUGAUUCAACUGUUGCUUUCCUAGUCCAGAAAUGGGAUCCCCUCGUGCCAAAGUUCACAGUCCAAAAUGAAAACAAGGAAGAUGUACUGAAUAUUGUUGGCCCAUAUUUCACAUUCAGCUGUCUAGGAGAUGUGGAUUUUGAGGUGAAAACUCCAAGUGAAAAUUUAACAGUUGGAUUGAUUUCAAAGUACUGGUCAGGUUUUGUUAAUGACGUUUUUACCAAUGCGGAUAAUUUUGGAAUUCACUUUCCGGUUAACCUUGAUGUGAAAAUGAAAGCUGCUUUGAUUGGCACCUGUUUUCUUAUUGAUCUUAUGUAUUUCGAGCAAUCUUCAGACAGAUUCUAAGGACGGUAAACAUUAUCAGCUCCUUCAAAUUGAUACUUCAAAUGAAUGGAAUCCAAUGCAUUACAUGUAAAUAUACAUAAUUUGUGUCAUUGAAAUACACAGUA